AUGGUGGCUGAUGCUCAUUAUCAAGCUCACUUGGCCUCAGCAAUGGAAAGCAAAGAGGUGACUGCCCAGGUUGAUGGGGAAAUUCUGGAGACACUCUGGGCUCCCUUCAACAAGAUAUCCCCAACAGCUCAUUCCAUGAGCCAAGCCCACCUCAUCAUGUGGGAAAGUGAUGAGAGACAAGCCAUGGAACAGCGGGGGGCUCAUCUUGAUAUAUACAAUCUAAAAAUAGAUAAAGCACCAACAAUGGCAGACAUAAGGCUUAAAUUAACCAAAACAGAAUAUGCUGAUACCAGCAAAUUGGGUUCAGUAUCUUGGCUUAUUGAAGGUAUCAAUUUGGAAGAUGAGCAGGAUGCAUUACGAGUAGAUAUUUGGCAGCUUCCCAGAGAUGCAUCUGCUACUCAAAAGGCUGUGGUCGCAGAGAAACAGCAAAAAUUAGCUGUGCAUAUAUCAAAAUAUCACAAAAAAACUAAUGCCAUGACACAGGGCAUUAAAUUAAACUCAGGUACAGUGCCCAUGGAUGACACCAGAUUUUGCGCUGCAGAUACUGAGGAGCUAGGGGAAGAAGUUGUAGAUGUCGAGUUUACCUCAGAAGAGAUCGUUGAUGAAGUUCCUACAGAAGUGAUGGGUAUUUGGAUGCCAUCAUCAGUGCCCCACCAGGAUGCUGUGGUCCUUGGCUUGGGUGCUCUACAGAUCGAAGAACUCCAGUUACGGCAGGGUCAGACAAAUGAUUGCCUAGAAAGAUUACAACAGGCUCUUGGUCAUAAAGCCAUCAUUUAUUGUCAAUACUUCCGAAGUGCAGAUUCCACCUGGAUGGGUACCAGGUCAAAGCAAGAUGCUUUUCGGUGA